AUGGUAUCACGCUGCAAGUAUCAGAACUCCUCUGAGAUUGGUGCUUAUGCCCGUAUUACAAACUCAUAUGCUCUUCUUCCAUUCUCCACUUCUGAAAACUUUUUCUCAGUUUUCGAAUCCAAACUUGCUGAGCAUAUUCCAUGCUUCCAUGCUACAAUUGCAGGAACAUCAAUUGUUGGCCGUCUUUGCGCAGGUAACGCUAAUGGCCUUAUUGUUCCACAAAUGACAACAGAUCAAGAACUUCAACAAUUGAGAGAUUGCCUCCCAGACAAGGUUGUUGUACAGCGUGUUGACGAGCGUCUUUCUGCUCUCGGAAACGUUAUUUCUUGCAACGAUCACGUUGCCAUUGUCCACCCAGAUCUCGAUAAGGAAACAAUCGAAAUCGUUGGUGAUGUUCUUGGCGUAGAAGUCUUCCCAGGCCUUAUUGCCAAGGAAUCUCUUGUCGGAACAUACUGUGUUUUCACAAACCGUGGUGGUGUUGUUACAACAAAAGUUACAGUUCAGGAACUUGAAGAACUUGCUGGCCAGCUCGGUGUUGAGCUUACAGCUGCUACAGUCAACCGUGGUUCCCCACUCAUUGGAGCAGGCCUUUGCGUUAAUGAUUGGUCAUUGUUCUGCGGCUGGGAAACAACAGCUCUUGAAAUUGCCAACCUUACACGUAUCUUCAAGAUUGAAGAUAAUACUAAUGCUGCAAACGAAGGUGUCAAUAUCGAUGAAUCCCUUGUUGACAUGAUCUUAUAA